AUGAGCCAAACGGAAAAAGAAAGGACAGAAGACGACGACUUCCUGCCAUUUGAGCCACUAAAGUCAAACAACACGUGUGUUGGUGCCACGGCGAAACGCGCUGCUACCACCUCGUCUUCGCAUACCUCUUCUAAUCUUAAUGCAUUAAUCAAGCCGUUGAUCCGCUCGCGCGAAAAGCCAUUCCCAGCCCCCGCACAUGUUGCAAGUGUGCAGCGACCACCAGAAAAGCGCUCGGCUGCACGCGUUUUCCUGUCGCGUGAGCAGCAGAGUGUGUUGGAGGCAGUAGUCAAGCAAGAGAAGAGUGUGUUUUUCACGGGCUCAGCUGGCGCUGGAAAGUCGUACCUGCUAAGGCAGAUCAUCCAGGACUUGCACGUUAAAUAUAGCAAGUCGCCAGGCGCUGUUGCGAUCACAGCGUCGACUGGCAUUGCAGCGUGCAAUAUCGGGGGCAUCACGCUGCACAGCUUCAGCGGGGUGGGCGUAGGCACAGGGACACCUGACCAACUCGUGCGGACUGUGCGGCGGAAUCGACCAACUGUGACUCGAUGGAAAAAGACAGCUGUGCUUGUCAUCGACGAGGUGUCGAUGAUUGAUCCAAAGCUGUUUGAAAAACUAGACCAUGUGGCGCGUGUCAUCCGCCAGUCCAACCGGCCUUUUGGCGGCAUUCAGGUCGUCAUGUCAGGCGACUUUUUCCAGCUUCCGCCGGUGUCACCGAACGGGCAGACGAGCUUUGUGUUUGAGUCGCCCGUUUGGUCCAGUGUGAUCCAGCAAAAGUUCAACCUGACAGAGGUGUUCCGCCAGCGGGACCAGACAUUUGUGAAUAUGCUCAAUGACAUGCGGUAUGGUAAACUGGCACCAGAGACAAUACGGAUCUUUUCUCAACUAGAGCGCACACCCUCGUUGCCUGAGGGGAUCACUCCUACGGAGCUUUAUGCUCUCCGACGUGACGUGGAAAAAGCGAACCAGAUGCGUUUGGACGCAUUGCAGACAGAUAUGCGCACAUAUACAAGCAUGGAUAGCGGACAGCUGCCGCCGGACCAGCUGCAACGCACUCUUGAUAACUUCAUGGCGCCACGGCACAUGGCACUGAAGAAAGGCGCGCAAGUUAUGCUGAUCAAGAAUGUCGAUCGGGAGUUGUCGAAUGGCUCCGUCGGUACAGUGCUAGACUUUCUUGAUGAGGAUUCGUUCAAGGACCAGUAUGGGGAAGAAGAUGUGUCGGACGAGCUCUUAGCUCGUGCGGAGCGAGCGCCAGGUGCGUCUCGGACCAUGCAGCAAGAACGCACAGAGGCGCGCGCUGCACCUCGGUGGCCGCUCAUCCGCUUCCACUUGGUGAAUGGCCAUGUCCGUGACUAUCUAGCAAGGCCGGAGUCAUGGAAGAUGGAAGACCCCAACGGCAAGGUUGUUGCCUCGCGCACGCAAGUGCCGGUGAUCUUGGCCUGGGCGAUGUCGAUUCAUAAAUCACAGGGACAGACACUGCAGCACUGCCGGAUUGACCUGCGACGCGUCUUUGAAAAAGGCCAAGCAUACGUGGCACUGUCGCGAGCGACAUCUCUUGAUGGACUGCAGGUGAUUGGCUUUCAUCCCAGCAAGGUCAUGGCACAUCCCAAGGUCAUUCAGUGGAACUGUCGCGAAUUUGCUACGUAG